GGCGGGAUGGGCGAGACUCUCUCCCCUCCCAGUGCAGGGGGGCUGCCCAGGGGGUCGGGGAUUUCCCCCCCCAAUGCAGUGCGGCAGCCCGAGUGGGAUGAAGGGUUCCUCCCCUCCCUGCAGUGGUACAGCCCUGCUGUGUGUCUCCCCCCGUUGCUCGGGACGGUCCCACGUGGGCCCGGGGGGGGAAAGCAACCCUCCCUCCCUGCUGCCGGUGCCCGUAGGCAGAAGUCGCGGUCCUCUGUCCCCGCUGUGGGGCUGGGCUCUGCCCCAUCCUGUGCCCUGGGGGAGCCCCCCCUGCCUGGGGGGAUGGGGCAGGCUCUGGACGCUCAGGGUCUCUCCCCUGGAGCCCCACAGGCAGCGCUGCCCUUGCGGAGGGGGGCUGGCAGCGCUGCUUGGGCUCCUCGGUGGCCAAAGAAACGGUGCCCGUGUCUCCCGCCUCACUUGCAGGCAUCGCCUGGCUCCCCGCGUUCCUUUCCCAGGCCUCUGGUUAGUGGCUGGUGGCCAAAGCUGGGGGCUUAGGGAAGUCCCUGUGGGCUUGAAAGGGUUGCAAAGGUGUAAAGGUUCCCUGGUGAGAAGAUGGAGAUAGUGUAGAUGAAACCCUUGGUUGCUGCUGCUUGGGCUCCUCAGUGGCCAAAGGAAUGGUGUCCAUGUCUCCAGCUUCACUUCGCAGCAUUGCCUGGUUCAUUUCUCACACAACAGACCAUACCUGCAUUAGUUGGUGGCUGCUUGCUGUGUUCUUCAUGCCUGAACACCCCAGAGCUCUCCAGCUUCCUUCAGGCCUUUGGUUAGUGGCUUGUGGCUGGUGGCCGAAGCUGGGACUUUGGGCGGGUCCCAGUGGGCUUGAAAGGUUUGUAAAGGUAUUAUGGUUCCCUGGUGAGAAAGAUGAACAUAGCACAGCAGAUACUCCUGGUUGCCACUGCUUGGGCUCCUUGGUGGCCACCCUCCUUCAGAGGUGGCAGCCAGGCACAUUGUCCCCUGCUGUGAUGCCCUUGGGGAAGGUAGAGGAUAUGCAAGAGGCAGGGAUUAUUUGCAGUAGUAUACCCUCACUGGAGUGGCAGGGUGCCUUGUGGGGACAGCGGCAGUGUCCCCUUGCCAGGGUGGCUCAGUUGCAGUCUGCCCCUCAGUCAGCAGAGUCCAGCUCCGCAUCAUUUCUCUCUGGCCUUAUUUUGCAGGCUAUGCCUGGAUGCCCACGUUCUUUUCCCACGCUCAAGACAUUGCCUGCAUUGGUUGGUGGCCACAUGCUGAGUUUUUCAGGCCAAAGUGCCGCAGAGCUCUGCCGUGGCCUCAGCAGCUGAGCUUCCUUCAGGCCUUUGGUUAGUGGCUUGUGGCCAAAGACAGGGGUUUAGGGGUGUCUCUCUGGGUUUGAAAGGUUUGCAAAUGUGGAAAGUCUCCGUGGUAAGAGGAUGGAGUUGGCAUAGCAGAACCCCCCUGUUGCCACUGCUUGGGCAGAGCAGUGAAAAGGACUUCUCACCUUGUGCUCCCUAUAAAGUCUUAACAAGAAAGGUGCUGGCUGUGUAAUAAGACUCUCUUCCAGCUUCUGCCAUGCCACUCGUGGGAGCUGUUUUCAGUAAGGGUUUCAAACUUCCAAAUCUGUAAUUUGAGACCAGAGUUACCUGGCAAUGGUCCCCAUAGCAGUGCUGUGGAAGGCCACUGUAGGAUUAGCACUGACACCGAUGGGAACAUCAUGGGAAACCAGUCCUUAAUCUAUCUAAUAGAUUUUCCUUACACUGUAAAACAAUGAAUUGUUUAGAAAGUGGAUGCAGCACGCUGUUAAGUUAAAUGCCUUACCACAUUCCAAGGCUAUGAGAUCUAACCGGUUACCUCUAUUAAUGAACCUUGUAAUCUCAUUAGGGAAUGAGAUCUGAUUUAACGAGAUUGCUCUGCUGGAACACAGCUCCACAGAAACUACCAGCUGCUUCAGGAUGUUAAUUGUCAUCUGCGUGGCAGUUCUGUUUAUGAGAAUGAACUUUGCAGGAGUGACGGCAGUGCCUGAUGGAAGCACAUGAUUGCCUGUAAUAAGAAGGGUGUUGCCAAACCUCUUGUGAUACUGAAGCAUCUGCGAUUGUUGAAUUAGUAAACAGUACUGGGAAACGCCCUCAUAGCUUCUUCGAAGUGGCACGUUUCCUUGCCCGAGCCAGGUGAUAUCAGGUUUUCAAAGGUUUCAUUGAUUUACUGUUCAGGUACCAGGCUGCGGGGCAGCUGCUCUUGGGGGUUUUGUUAAUGUUUCCCAUAGGACUGUGUUCCGCAUUCCCUUGAGGCUCUGUUAGUGAGUGGAUAUCUGAGGAAAUGUGGCGUUAGGAUUUCAGGACUAGUACAGGGGAGAAACUGAGAGUCUUGGAGAUAUAUUCACCUCUAAGAGGGUGAACAGGAUCCAAGUUUGGUCAGAGGAGCCUGAAUUUGGUGGAGUGUGGGUCUAAGUAGGACCUUUCCUGGAAUAGGAAUAGGAUUUUGAGACUUGUUUUUGUUAAAGUGGAGGCUUUUUCAGUUUCAUGCAGUGAAGUAGAUCUGUGGAGGGAUUUCCCCUCUUACUGAACAGAGUCUUGCCAGAAUUUAAGUGGCUCCAUGGGCUGAGAACCCUCUGAGGUGUCCAUGCUUUGGAGGCCUCCUUGGGUACCAUGCACGGGGUGAGGAGGAAUGUGCAGAACCUGAUAUGUGCUCACAAAACAAAUGUUGCUGACAGAUAAGCCUGACUGGAUGAAGACAUCCGUGACAGUUUCCUUUGGCUGAGAAUGUCACUUGGGGGGCCUGUGAGGACCUGAUGUGCUCAGCGCCAGACACUAUGCUGGAAUGGGUCACAGGACAUCAGCUCUUUCACAGGUACAGCUCCAACCCAGCUUCCCUGUGAAUGGGGCUGGACCACCAGCAGCCCAGUCCUGUCUGGCUGUGAUGAGCAUCUAGAAAUAGGGUCCCCUUUUGAAUGACUUACCCAACUGGUGCGUUUAUUGUGUUGUAGAUGCAGAGACAUGCAGCUGAUGUUUUUGUUUGGCCCUCUGCUUCAGCUAGUAAGCCACCCAAAAUCUAGAAUAUGCAGCAGAGCGACAGCUGAAACAAGCACAGACAUAUCCUGAAGUAUUACUUGGGAUAGUCUAGCCUGCAUUACCCAUAUAGUGGAGAAUGAAUGGGAGAAUCAUCCUGUUACUGCGGUCAGGUCUGCAGAUGACUAUUUCAGGUUCCUAAGUGGCGACCUCAGCACAUAGGAAUCAUCUGGCCCUCUUUAAAAGACUGGCUUGGGCCAAGAUUCACUUGCAUGGCUCUGCUGCCAGCUCGGUACAACUGACUUCAGCUGUGGAAGGCUGGAGUUCAGGCUUGUUGUAAGGCCAAAGGGUUGCUGAAUCACCAGGGGACACAAUGACUUGUGAAUCCAACUGUGAGCUGGCAAGGAAGCUGGAGCAGAUGUGUGAGCCCCAAACUGUGGUGUGUUUCCAGCCGCCAUACGCCAGCACUCUCAAACAAAUGCAAUGCUUUCCUGGUAGCCAGUAUUCAAACUUCCUUCUCGAACAGAUAAGAUCUGCAAACGUCACCGGCAGGAGGGACACCCGAUGUCAGUUGCGGAGGUGGAAGUUUCUGAAAUAAAGGCUAAUUGUUUUGUAAUUUAUGAGCUUGUUGCUUUAUGACUGUUAGAAGUUCAGGGUGAAUGAAUGAUAGCUAUUCCCUCCUGCAGCUCCUCUUCCCAUUACCACUUAAAGCCUAAUGUUGAAAAGUUCUGAUAUUCUCCAUGAGUAAUUCUCCAUCCCAAGGAAAAGGUUAUGAAAAUACCAGUGUGGCAAGCUUAAAUAACACAGUGCUUUGGAUGUAGAAGCAAAAUCUACUUUUUAUGGACAACUGAUUUUUUUUUUUCUUUCAUCUGCACAUAUGCAUAUGGGGAAGGAAAAUAAAAAAUGACCUAACAACUAUUUCAGCAAAGUGAAAUCAUUUGCAAAUGUCAGCUGGCUGGAGGGAUCGCACAUCUGUGAGGGAGAAGAAGGAGAGGAGGUGGAGCUGCACCUUCUUUUGACAGCAACGUAGCAUAUACAUGCAAAGAGCAGCAAUGGAUUUGCCGCAACAAAGAUGUAGCAGGUGUUGGGAGAAGACAUCCCAUCUGAAAUGGAGGUGAUUGAGGGAGCUGAACGCUGACUGCACCAACAUGGGGAUGCAACUGUUGGCUUGUCUUUUUCACUUGCCCACUGCAGUGAUCUACGGGUCUCUGUCGCUGUUUGUUUCCAUUUUGCACAACGUAUUCCUGCUGUACUACGUGGACACCUUUGUCUCUGUUUACAAGAUUGAUAAACUGUCCUUUUGGAUUGGAGAGACGGUGUUUCUGAUCUGGAAUAGCCUCAAUGACCCUCUCUUUGGCUGGCUGAGUGACUGGGUGUUCCUUAGCACACAGCAGCCAGGAGCAGAAAUUUCUUCCCCAGAAGUAGUUCUGAAGAGGCUCAGAGCGCUAAGCCACAAUGGCCCUCUCUUUGCCAUCUCUUUCCUGGCUUUUUGGGUUGCCUGGGCUCAUCCUGGUUUGCAGUUCCUUCUCUGCCUUUGCGUGUACGACAGCUUUCUCACCAUGGUUGACCUCCAUCACAAUGCCUUGCUCGCAGACCUGGCUGUUUCAGCAAAAGACAGGACUAGGCUCAACUUCUACUGCUCCCUCUUCAGUGCCAUAGGCUCCCUCUCUGUCUUCAUGUCCUACGCAGUGUGGAACAAGGAGGACUUCUUUUCCUUUCGCAUAUUUUGCGUUGUGCUGGCCCUCUGCUCCAUUGUUGGUUUUACCCUGUCCACACAGCUGCUCCGCGAGCGCUUUGAGUCUAAUGGGAAAGCAAAAUGGGACCAAGAAUCAACCCUAAAAGAGCUGUACAUUGAGAAACACUCCGUCCCCCAGGAGAAGAGGAUCACCCUGGCAGAGUAUCUCCAGCAGCUCUCCCGGCAUCGCAACUUCCUCUGGUUUGUCUGCAUGAACCUCAUCCAGGUUUUUCACUGCCACUUUAACAGCAACUUCUUCCCUCUGUUCCUGGAGCACCUGCUGUCAGACCAGAUCUCUGUCUCUACUGGAUCCUUCCUGCUCGGUGUCUCCUACAUUGCCCCCCAUGUCAACAACCUCUACUUCCUGUCCCUCUGCCGACGCUGUGGGGUUUACGCUGUGGUGCGAGGACUCUUCUUCCUGAAGCUGGCUCUCAGCGUUGUCAUGCUCCUGGCAGGACCUGAUCAGGUGUAUCUGCUCUGCAUCUUCAUUGCCAGUAACCGGGUGUUCACAGAAGGGACCUGUAAGUUGCUCAACCUGGUGGUGACUGACUUGGUGGAUGAGGAUCUAGUCCUGAACCGUAGGAAGCAGGCAGCCUCAGCACUGCUCUUUGGGAUGGUGGCUCUGGUCACCAAGCCAGGCCAGACCUUCGCCCCUCUGAUCGGCACCUGGCUGCUCUGCGCAUACACAGGGUAUGAUAUCUUCCAGCGGAACCCCUUGGGCAACGUGGUAAGCGCCCAGCCAAAGCUGGAGUCUGCCGCAGCCUUGGAGCCAACUCUUCGGCAGGGCUGCUUUUACCUCCUCGUCUUCGUACCCAUCACAUGCGCGCUGCUGCAGCUCCUCAGCUGGUCACAGUUCAGCUUGCAUGGGAAGCGCCUGCAGAUCGUGAAGGCUCAGCGCCAAAGCCUGACACAAGGCCGAGCACCAGAGAUCAAAACGAUCUGAGGUGCCUGAGCCCCUGUUGCUGGUUCCAGGCUGGUGCAGGACUGCAGGCUGAGCCCAGGGAUCGUGGGCUGAGAAAGCCCCAUGUUUACGGUUCAACUGUGAAAUGCUGUAAUGCUGAUAUUUACUCAUUCCAGGAGAUGGUCGCUGGGAAAGGUAGAUAAGUUCAGCGUGUGAGGAGACUGGGAUAGAGCGCUUGGCCACAGGAGCAAGAACAUUUUAUCCUAGCCUGGCCCAGGGUUCCUCGGGCUCCUUGUCUGAGCAGGGAGGUGCUGGGUUGCAGCAUGUGCUGGAGGUGGCAGCAUCCCCGUUGCAGUCCUCUGCCCUGGGGAACCACAGUCUCUGGCUGGGCAGGCGGGGACGGCACAGGGAGUCUUUCCUUGCUAGAGCCCUGCAGCUUUGGGGAGUGGAGUGGGAGGCCCCUGAGGGACCAAGGGGGUGAUUGUAGGACAGCAGGAGCAGGGGUGGGAGGGCCCUGAAGGCCUUUCCCAGUAGCUGGUACAAGCCCUCCCACAGCGCUGCGGUUCUUGGACCAAAUCCACUCUUAGACCGUGUUCCCAGGACAGCACCUUGCACAGCCAGGAUCUGCUGGCAGUGCUUGUUUUAAGCUGAGGCUCGCUCCUUUGUGGCCUUGCAGAGGGAAUCGUUGCUGAGCUGAGGAAGGUGCUGGGCUUGAACUGGGCUCAGAGCCUGGAGCUGAAACAUCUCAUCUGGCAUCCUGGUGCCUGUGUUUGUGCCUCCCCUCCCCUUCCGUCUGGUGCUGUCAGAGCUGUGCCAUGAGCCCAUUCCCACACUGGCUGAGGCUAUGGGGCCGACGUCAGGGAACCAACCCCUAACGGAGCUGGUGGAAGUGCCUCCGUGGCCAGGGCUGUCCCAGGUGACCCAGUGAGGCAGCCUGGUGUCUUCCCCUUGUGUAGGAGGAGAGUGCAGCCUGGAGGAGACACCAGGUCUUGCUUUUGUGCCUUAGCUUCCUCUUGGAGCCUGCUUGACACCGCUGGGCAGUCACAGGGUUCAGAUUUUACCUGCCUGGGGAGAGGCAGACACCUUGACUUCUCUCUGCUUAAAAUGGUGCCUCGGAGUUUUGGAGUUUGAUGAUCCCAUCUGGCAGAGCCAUGUUCCCAAGGGAAGAGAGCAGGUGGUUUGGUCUCCUGAUUCCAGCUGGGAGCAGACCAGGCAGGCAGGCAGUCGCCAAAGGGUGCCUGAGCUGUGGGAGUGGAAGUGGAAGAAAAUGUACCAGAGGAGCUCUGCCCUCGUCCCUGCAGGAGGGGGUCCCAGUAGCAUUGGAGGACUGCAGUGUGCCUGGGGCCGCUGUUCUCUGCUCAGUGCCAGGUUCCCUCUGGGGUCUCAGCCACAGACCUGCCACCUUGCCUCCAAACGCAGCGCCUUCCAUCUUGGACCAAGACGCUUGUGCCGUGAGGGUUCUGUAGCUCUUGACAAUUCAAUCCUAACUUAUUUGUGUG